UUCCACAGGGCGGACGCAGGAAGCAUCAUAUGCCUAUUUAAAUCCGAUUUGCGAGUCAUUUCAGAUCCGGGGAUUCUGGUUCGGAACCGCUCCAGCUCGUUAUCUCAACUUCGCAAGUUCCAACGGCGUUCUGAGGGGAAGAAGAAAGUGAAGAAGAAAUCAUACUGCUCUGGACGAGGAGAAAAAGUAACCAAUUUAAUUCGUCGUCGUCGCCCUGCGAACUUUCCGGCCCGUUCAGAUCUGAUCGUCGAAUUUCCGAUUACUGCUAAGGAAUCGAGGAGUUUGUUGCUGGUUCUUGAUCAUCUGUAUAUAUGCCUGAUGUGUUGUUCGGAUCUAUUGAGAUCAAUGUUAAUCUGCUAAGAUUCUGGUGGUUAUGGAGAAGAUCAAGAGAUGACUGUCAAUCUCACAUGAUUAAAUCCCUAAAGAAAUGAUAUUCAGAGUUUGAAGACUUUUGGUUGAGUCUUCUGUAGUCGUAGAUUUUAGGUCCCGAAGGUUAACGUGGUAGAAACUGACUAGACCGAGUAAUCAUAGUUUACUUAGAGAUAAUCACGAUGGAGACUCUUGUAGUUGUUGCUCAGCAUCGGAAUGAAUACCACAGCAGAAGCAGGGCUCAAGGCCAAGCAAGGCUUGGGUGGUUUGGGUCCCCACCUUCUAGGGGCUUCACAGAAAUAAAUUGCCGAACCUUUCAGUUCGGAGCCGGUAUACUUCCAUCUCCGUUGAAUGCUUGUACUACUCCUGUAACCAAACGGGUACCUUCUUAUUUGUCUUCACCCAAAACAGCGUCGCCACAUUUUCAGUCUCGUAACAACGAUGAAUCUGAACACUUGAAAAAAACUGCCAGAAGUAGCGCUAUCCCCAUUCCUAUUAACAUCAAUGCUACUCCGCGCAAGGAGCAGUCUUUCAAUGAUGGAUUGACUUACUCUGAGCUCUGGGCUGGACCAGCAUAUUCAAAUUCACCCCCGCCUAGUUCUGUGCCCUUACCAAAAUUUUCUCUACGCCCCAAGAGGACUGUCUCACUUGAAUUACCCUCGUCUCCACCCUGUGAUAUCGAUUUUCACCCAAUAGCCAAGUCUGCACCCCCUUCCCCCACAAGGAACCAUAGCAGCUCUUCUGGCAAUCCCUUUGACAGUGCAGACUCUGCGACGAGGACCCUCCGUCGCAUGCUCAACCUUGACAUUUCAGAUGAAUGAAAUGCAGGAGCUUAAACUCCUGUAAAUAAACUAUUGUGCAAAGUUGGUAGUGGUAGAUUGUAAAGAGGAUUAAUAAAUUAGCCUGCUGUGCAACUUUCUAGAAGAUUAUUCAGUGGCAUGCAGUGGUGUUAAAAGAAGAGUGAUGGACGGUUGGCCAGUGGUCUGCCGAGAUGCCAUUGAUGCUUGAUGGGGCUUCGUUUAUGCAUCUCUUUGCGAAAUGGUUGGGGAGCUUACAUGGAUGACUGUUGGCUGAAAUUGAUGCGGAACCAGAAGGGGAAGCAGUUGAUGGAAUUAGGUUGUUAAAGUGUUUGAUAUUGCAGUGGUUCUGGGGAUUGACGGUUCUGAAGUCUGUUUGCAUAAGAUGAACUAAUGUUUGGUUAAUUAAUGAUGGCAUGAAGAUUUAUCUUCCUACAAUUUCAAUGGAGUCAAUCUCGUUCAUUUCUUAGGUUUGGUUUUUAGUUUCAUAUACUCUGUAUAUAUUGUAGAAUCCCAACUUGGUUCCUUACACAGCUUCUGUACAAUUCUGUCUUUUUCCUGUCAAAGAGUCUCCGAGAGAGAGUGCUAUCUUCCCCUUCACCACCUCUUCAGCUUUUUAAUAAGAAAGGGGGAAGGGGAAGCAAACUAGUUUUUCUAUUUUUAGGUUUUUAUGAAAUUUGUAGGCCUUUUUAUGUAAUUUAAGUAUUUUUUUAAUCAAAUUUAAUCUUUUUUUUUUUUCA